AUGGACAAAGCAUCUACAAGAGUUGAAAUAAUUGUAGGUUCAGGAGUAAGUGUAUUCGGUGGAUUAUUUCAAGUUACUACAAUUACUCAAAGUAUUGAUGUAUUCAUUUAUCUAUUAGGAGCCUUAGUGCUUUUAUUAGGAGAAAACUCCACUUUAGUAAGUAAAGAAUAUCCUCUUAUUGCAUUAUUUUCUAUAUUAGGUAUGAGUAGUUUAAUUUCAAUUUCUAUUUUUGCUGUUUAUAUUUUAGCGACUAUUUAUAGAGAAUCUGAAUCAGCUACAGUUGCAGGAUUUAAAUAUUUCUUAUUAGGAAGUUUAUCUUCAGCUUUGAUUUUAUUAGGAAGUAGUCUAUUAUAUGGUUUCACAGGACUAACUAGUUUUGAAGGAUUAUAUAUGCUAUGUUCAACUACAACAGUUAACCAUGCUAUUGAAAUUAGUGUAUUAUUAAUGGUUAUAGGUUUAUUAUUCAAAAUUGUACCAACUGUAGUAACAGCUUGGUUGACAACUAUGCCUAAAGUCUCCUUAUUAGUAUUUAUUUUAGAAUUCCAAGGAUUUACUCAAUUAAGGAAUUGUUCUUUAUUAUCAUUAGUGAUUGGUACUAUUGGAGGAUUAGCUCAAUAUAGACUUAAACGAUUAUUAACAUUUACAUUAGCUAUUAAUAGUGAAGAAUCAGUAGAAUCAUUUUUAUUCUAUCUAGUUCAAUAUUCAUCAACAAAUGUAAACAUAUUCUUCAUUUUGAUUGCCUUUGGAUAUUUAUUACAAACUAAAGGAUUAUCAACAUAUUCACCAGUUCAAUAUAUUAAUCAACUUAAAGGUCAAUUUAAAACAAAUCCUUUACUUAGAUUAAGUUUAGCUAUUUGUUUAUUCUCUAUGGCUAGUAUUCCUCCAUUAGUAGGAUUCUUUGGUAAACAGAUGGUUUUAUAUGCAGCUACUCAUAAUGCUUUAGUAGCAGUAGUAGUAAGUGUAGUAAGUGCAGCUUAUUAUUUAAGAGUUAUUGAAGUAAUUCAUUUUGAUCCUUUAAAUGUUACUGAAACAGUUGAAACAAAUAAAGGAGAAUUAACAACUUCAAGUAGUUUAUACAGUGAACCCCGCUUUUUGCACCCCCGUUUAUUACAGAUCCCCACUUAUUACAACUUUUUUGAGCAGAUUCCCGCUUAA